UCCUCUCUCCUCUCCAUGGCCCAUGAGCGCAGAGGACAGGAGACAGGAGGAACGGAGCCUCCUUAUGUAAGGAGCGGUCUGCCCCCAGCGGCGGACUCCGGUACUGCUCCACCGCAGACCGAGGGUCACGUCGGUACACCGGUACCGGGCGGCGUGCACGCGCCGAGCACUUCUGUAGCUCCAUGCGCUCCUGAGGUGACAGCCAGAGUUCCUUCAGGGCUUGUUUUUGGUUUUUGGAACGGAUUGUGUUCAGAUUGCAGCAGGAUGUUCGGGGCGGUGGUGGUUGGCAUUGGAACAGCAGGAUGGGUAAGGAUCCGUGAUAUGCUAACUCCACAUCCUGGAAGUCCUGCAGAGAAACUGGCUGUCCGAGGAUUCAUAUCAAGGAGGAAUCUGGACAACCAGCAGGGAGUGAGCCAGAUCUCUGUGGAGGAAGCUGUGAGCAGAGAUGACAUUCAUGCUGCCUUCAUCUGCACGGAGAAUGAGUCCCAUGAGGACUAUGUCAGGUGGAGCUCUGAAGCCGGGCUUUGGGUUUCCUGCGUUCAGCGGCAUCGCUCGCCUCACCUGGCUGGUAGAACUGUUUGGAAAGCUCUCCGUAUCUGCAGCCACCCUGGAGGAGGAUUCUGCCAAAGGCUACAGCAAGAUGACCGCGAAGCUGCUGACGUCUGACAACAGACCUCUGACGUGGGUUGAGGAACGCCAGACGGGCCUCCCACGGGCAAAGAACAUCAACUUUGUGUUUGACUCCUGCACUCUGAGCGAGAUCCCUGCUGCGCCUCGGGGGGCCGUGGGGCUCUUCAUGCAGGACCUGAUCCACUUCUCUGCCAAGAUCUCAGACCAAGUGAGCCCCAGCCAGCUUCAGGGAGAGAAGGAGCGCGUCCUGCACUGCCUGGAGCUGGCUGACCGGAUUCAGCAGCUGUGCCAAAGUUUAUGAUAGUCCCAUAGUAAUGAGAGAUCGAGCGUUUGGUUUCCUGAAGCAUAUCUUUGUGACGGAGAUUACCCAUCAUGCUGACGCGUCUCCGGCAUCAACAAGCAUCCAGCUCACUGCAAGACUCUGACACUCCACUUCUCAUGUUACACAAACCAUAAACAUUCAUGUUAUUAUUGUUGUUUUCAAAUUGUCUUGUUUGCAUAGAAGAACAUUAAGAACAGCUGACAGCAGACGUGGAGUUUGUCUCCGUGCACGUUUUGAUGUAGCUCCAUUUGAAACCUGCUUUUGUCAGAAAGGAUGUUGCGUAUGAAUGGACCACAGCAGUCUGAUGACGACUUGUUAGAGCUUUCUGCUCAGUUCUGGCCUUAAGAGGACAUCACAUUCAUCUGAGUGUCAGAAAAUGUUUGUCAAGUUCAACAAGGGAAUUCCUGAAACAUUAGAAGGAAAGAUGAAUAAACAUGAACAUGUUUUGAAUUGAA